AUGACGACUGUCGAAGUGGCCAGAGAUGGAGUGGCGUUGUUGUACUGCGCAAUCAUAUUGCUCGUGUUGAGUUGGAUCGUCUUCUCCAUGAGAGUCGGGGUACGGAUGUGGAGGAAAGCGUGGGGCAUGGAUGACUACUUCAUGCUCGUCGGAACUAUUCUCUUCUCAGUGACAGCUGCUCUUUGCAUCGUCUGUUGCCACUAUGGCUCUGGACAGUUCGCACGAGAGCUGCCCACGGUGACAAUAUCCAAAGGAACAAAGCUCUUUUACAUCGCAGAGUACUUCUACGCAGUCAGCGCCAUGUUCGUCAAAAUCAGUGUUGCAGUAGCGCUUCUGCGCAUCGCUGUUGGUCGUCGCUUCUUCACAUGGGCUUUAUGGGCGCUGAUAGGUGCUACCAUGGUUGCUGCUCUAGUCUUCUGCAUAGGAAUUGCAAAUAUCUCCAUCGAGAUCACUGCAGACUUUAGUCUCUCGAUCAUGCCGGCUAUUCUGCUUUGGAAUGUCCAGAUGAAGGGAGCUGUGAAAGCUUCAGUUGCUGUCAUGCUUGCGCUCGCUUCUUUUGCCUCAUGUGCUACCAUCGUCCGCCUCAAGUACCUCACACUCUACAGUGACCCUGGCGAGUUCAUGUACAGUACGGGCAAAAUCGGCUUCUGGUCCUUGACCGAAGUCGGCAUUGGCCUCAUCGCCGGUUCGCUACCUCCUCUUCGCCCUCUCCUAUCCCUGCGCAUUAGGGUAUCCGCCGGCUCCAAUACUCCUGAUGCAUCUGGCGGACAAGCAUACCAAUCUGGAAUAAACAAUCGGCAGCCCACCUCGCGCUCCCGCGUGAUAGCCAUGGACACGUUCCAGACCUUGGGCGACAACGACGAGGCCGAUAAUAGUGAUGGAGACUCUCAGAAGAAUAUCAUAAAGGAGACGAAGUUCACAGUAACUUCGGUCAUUGCUGGAGGUCCUCGAGACCCGGGGCCUAUGGCUUGGGAUCGUAAGGAAGGAAGCAACGUCUGA